UUGUUGUUGGGCUUUUUUGAGCUUUGUUUUAAUGGUAGUUGGUUAUGUUUUUGUGUGUAAUGUGAGACGAUAAAUGAUAAAAAGGAAGUGCUGGUAGGUUUAAUAUUAAUGCGUGAAUAAACCAUGAAUUUUGAUGGUCUUGAUUCUGGCCUUGGGGAAUACUCACCAUCCCUGCAUCCUGGCAUUGACCCUUCCCUGGACAAUUCAAUUGAGCAUUCCCUGGACCCACGGCUUGACCCCAACUUACUGCAGAAUGUAGAACUGGAAGCAGAUGGUGUCCAGCUGGAUGGCAUGCCGGUCUCAGUAUCUGAAUCUGUACACCUUGUGGAGGGAAUGUAUUCAGCGCUGCACAGGGUUGUUGCAGAAGUCGGAGUCCCUGUAACUGCAUCACAUUUUGACCUUCAAGAUGAAUUGCUCUGGGUGGGAAAUCAUGGGGGCCAUGCAACCUCCUUCUUUGGUCCCACUAUGGAACGCUACUCAUCCUUUCAAGUUAACGCCAAUGAUGACAUACGUCACAUCCAAAGCAUAGACAGUGGAGUGCUCUUUUUAAAUAAGAAUAACCUCAAGUGCUUUACUCGAGGAGGACUUAUAAUAUUUGAUUAUGCUAUGGAUGAAGUUGAGGACAUGCACAGUCUUCUUCUCACUGACAACAACUCCGUUCUCUUGGGGGGCCUUCAAAAUCAUGUCAUAGAAGUAGACUUAAAUGCAGUGCAAGAAAGUGAAAAGUACACAGUUGAAGUUCCAGGAGUUACAAUCAUGCGACAGUCCAACCGCUUCUUCUUUUGUGGCCAUACAUCAGGAAAGGUAUCCCUUCGAGAUUUGAGAAGUUUUAAAAUGGAGCAUGAAUUUGAUGCUUACUCUGGAAGCCUCUCUGAUUUUGAUGUACAUGGAAAUCUAUUGGUAACAUGUGGCUUUUCAAAUCGAAUGAAUGGCUUGUCAUGUGACAGAUUCUUGAUGGUGUAUGAUCUCCGUAUGAUGCGGGCAAUCAGCCCGUUGCAGGUUCAUGUGGAUCCUCUCUUCCUGAGAUUUAUUCCUACAUACACAUCAAGACUGGCCAUCAUCUCUCAAUCAGGGCAAUGCCAAUUUUGUGAACCAACAGGCCUUGCAAGCCCAGCAGAUAUUUUCCACAUUAACACUGUAGGACAAUUAGUCAUGACAUUUGAUGUAUCUUCUAGCAAGCAAGCUUUGGUGUUUGGAGACUCUGGAGGAUGUGUACAUCUAUGGGCAGACUCACCAGAUGCUACUUUUAAUGCCUAUUCUCGUGAGACUGAGUUUCCAAUGCCAUGUGUGGUAGAUACUCUACCACAUCUAGAUUGGAACGAUGAUCUUUUGCCUUUAUCGCUCAUUCCUGUCCCUCUUAUUACUGAAUCUCUAUUGUCUGACUGGCCAACAGCAAACUGUAGUGUUACACCCAGACGAGCUCCACCUGUCGAUCUUGAGAUACUGCGUACUAUGAAGAAAGUUGGGUUUAUUGGAUAUGCGCCGAAUCCCAAAACAAAACUGAGAAAUCAGGUUCCAUAUAAAUUGAAGGAGAUGGAUGCAGAAUUUGACAGCUACAAUCAAAUCCCCGAGUCUCCUAUUGGAAGGGAGGAAGAGCCUCAUCUGUACAUGGUGCCAAAGAAAUACCGAAAGGUUACUAUAAAAUACUCAAAACUUGGUUUAGAAGACUUUGAUUUCAAACACUACAACAAGACGCUGUUUGCAGGUCUGGAGCCACACAUUCCCAAUGCUUACUGCAACUGUAUGAUUCAGGUGCUGUAUCUGCUGGAGCCCAUCCGCUGCCAUGUUCAGAAUCAUCUGUGUCAGAAGGAAUUUUGCUUGGGCUGUGAACUUGGAUUCCUAUUUCACAUGUUUGAUCUUUCGAGAGGUGACCCAUGCCAGGCCAGCAAUUUCCUUCGUGCUUUCCGAACUAUUCCAGAAGCAUCAGCUUUGGGAUUAAUCUUGGCUGAUUCUGAUGAAGCAACUGGGAAGGUGAAUUUGGGCCGUCUCAUACAGAGCUGGAAUCGAUUUAUAUUGACACAACUACACCAGGAGACACAGGAGCAGGAGGGCCCACAGGCCUAUCGAAAUGUUAUGGGGAGUACAUUUGGAUCUUCUGGUGAAUCUGUGAUUGGGAAGUUGUUUGGUUGUGAAGUUGAGAAUUGUAGCACUUGUCGCUGUGGAAAAGAAACUGUUCGGGUUGCUUCGAGUCUGCUUUUCACUUUGCAGUAUCCUGAUAUGAAAAAUGCUGACAAAAGUAUUCGACAGUAUGAGUUUGCUGAAGUACUGAAGAGAAGUAUUUGUCUUGAACAGAACACCCAGGCCUGGUGUGAAAACUGUGAGAAAUACCAACCUACGGUCCAAACCAGGAAUAUUCGAUGCUUACCUGAUGUUCUUGUUAUUAACUGUGAAGUGAACAGCAGAAAGGAAGCUGAAUUCUGGAAAUGCCAAGCUGAGUAUGAAUUACACAACAAGAUGAGAAAGGAAGAUUUGGAAGCAAUGAAAAUGAAAGAAAAUAACCCAACAGAAUGGGAAGCACUUUGUAAUGCAGAAGGACUGAGCUUCUAUACAUCAAUUGAGGAACUGAAAAAUAUAUGGAUCCCAUGUUCUAUCAAGAUGAAGCUCACUAAAACAAAAGAGCUGGAAGUUACAAACUGGACUGAAAAUGAAGGUUUGAACCCUUCAGAAGAUGAGGAGAGCACCUACCUAUAUGAUCUGGUGGUAACAGUGGCCCACAUUUUAGAUCCUCGGACUGGUGGAAAUCUUGUAGCCCAUAUCAAAGUUGGCGAAACGUAUCAUCAACGAAAGGAGGGCGUCACUCAUAAACAGUGGUAUCUGUUUAAUGACUUUCUCAUUGAACCAAUUGACAAGUGUGAGGCUGUGCAGUUUGAUUUGAGUUGGAAGAUCCCCUGUAUUCUGUAUUACGCUAGAAGAAAUUUGAAUUCCAAGUAUGAUUUAACAAUAAAAAAUCCAAUUGAAGCAAGUGUUUUGCUGGCAGAGGCAUCUCUCGCUAGAAAGCAGCGAAAAUGUCAUGCAACUUUCAUUCCAUUAAUGCUGAAUGAAAUGCCCCAGCCUAGUGAUUUAGUGGGCUUGGAUGCAGAGUUUGUCACAUUGAAUCAGGAAGAAGCAGAGCUGCGUAGCGAUGGAACAAAAUCCACGAUCAAGCCCAGCCAAAUGUCAGUUGCCAGAAUCACAUGUGUGCGAGGUCAGGGACCGAAUGAAGGUGUUCCGUUCAUUGACGAUUACAUUUCCACGCAGGAGCAGGUUGUGGACUACUUGACUCAGUAUUCUGGAAUCAAGCCUGGAGACCUUGAUGCCAAAAUUUCAUCCAAGCACCUAACCACCUUGAAGUCAACGUACCUGAAACUGAGAUUCCUUAUUGAUAUUGGAGUAAAGUUUGUGGGACAUGGACUGCAGAAGGACUUCAGAGUCAUAAAUCUUAUGAUACCGAAGGAGCAAGUGAUAGACACUGUGUAUUUGUUUCACAUGCCUCGGAAGAGGAUGAUUUCAUUGCGCUUUCUUGCAUGGUAUUUUCUAGAACUCAAAAUUCAGGGCGAAACGCAUGACAGUAUCGAAGAUGCUCGCACGGCGCUACAGCUCUAUCGCAAGUACUUGAAAUUGACCAAGCAUGGUAUAGAUGUUGAUGAAUUCCGAAAAAUACUUAAAGGUCUCUAUGAGAAAGGCAGAAAGAUGGACUGGAAAGUACCAGAACCAGAAGGAGAGGUGCAGAAUAGUCCAAAAAGCACCCAGUUUUCUCACCUCUGAUGGGUUUAUGUUGUGAAGACAUAUGAAUGAACUAUCUAACCUAAUGAGGAGCGAAUCCUGCAGCAUUUGAGGGGGAAAAAACGUUUGUAUUUCUAACAGAUUCUGGAAGAAGCUAUUUUCUAAAUGGAGACUGCAUGGAGAAUGUUUGACGUGUCAGAGUAUUAAAUUAUAUCAUCAACAAAUAUUGUUCUGACUGGCCAAGAAAUGGGGAGAAAAAUCGGAUUGUAUGGAAAAGUAACAGUAACAAGUCACUGUUUCCAUUUGACUAAAAAUGUGUUUUGAUACAAAAAUAGUAAAUACUAGAAAUAUUUGGCAAGUCAGACAGUGUUUCUGGAAAGAAAACAACAUUAAUGUCUCAAAUUAAUUACCUUUGCUGCGACUGCACUCUCCAAUACUGAGGACCAGCGUUCUGCCAAGGCUUCCAAAUCUCUAGAGGUUUCCCUGCAAACGUUCCAUAUUUUUAUUUGCUAUUUUUCACACUUUCUUUUUCUAUUUAGUUUCUUUUUUUCUCUUCCUUGCCUUUAAAAACUAAUGCCCUCCUUGAACUGUGCUCCAAGGUCAGGAUGACAUUGAAGGCAGGACGAUCCAAAUAGCCCUGACAUGGCUGGCAGACUUCAAGAUUUUAGCAGCUCUGCAAUUGAGUGGAAAUCCAUAAAACACUUGAUUGUUUCAGGAAGAAAAUCCAUAGGGUUCAUAAGCAUUUUGAUGGGAAUAUUGUCAUACAUUGCCAUCAGGUUGCACGUGCAGCUAUUAUUCAGUGAAAUCAUUGGUUUGCAAGAAAUUGUAGCCUUCCCUGCUGUAGAGAUUGUGUUUUUAGUACUGUCAUGUUGACCUAAGGUGCUCCACAUUGAUUUUAAUGUUCAACAAAAUAUUUUAGGUUAUUUUAUGAAACAGUAUAUGGGAAUGAUGCCAUGGCAGCAUUGUCACCAUGGUAACAGUCCACACUAUUUCAAGAAUGUUUUUACAGUGCUUCUCCCCCACCCAAACCCCACCUUCUGGCCAAGAGGAUCUUCCGCUGCUACAUUGCUGAGGUUCCUGAAAUUCCAUGCCUUUUGGAAAUUCUAACUUCGCAUUUUUGAGCUUACAUACGAUUUUCAAAAUAGCUAGCAAUUUGUACAUAUGGUGUGAGAUACUGUCAAUAUUCUGCAUUAAUUAACUGCAUUGGAAGGAACAGCAUUUUGCCCUUCCUACCAUAUGAUUGGAAGCUCUUUUAAAAAGUUCUGUUAAAAUACCUCUGGUCUACCUUUUGUUCUCUUAAGAUAAGAAUAAAAGCUUUAUUUUUAAUUAA